AUGACCGACAAAGAGAAAGCCUGGAUCAUAAAGUUACAGAUGAUCCAGCUGCAGAGUGAAAAUCCACGUCUGGAUGACUAUUAUUAUCAGGAAUAUUUUCGGAAACUCGAACGGAAACUCAGUGAGAUGGAACUCGGGGAGAAGUGGACGAGGGAGCCCCAGAAGUUGGUCACUCCCUACGUUCAGAAGGCAGAGAUGUAUGAUUCUGUCGUUCACAUCAAGGGGUCCCUGGGACAAGUCGCCGUGUCGACCUGUUAUAGUCCACGCCGCGCCAUUGAUGUCGUUCACUUGUCUGCUCCGGAAGAGAUGUACAAGAGGCUCCUGGCGUUGGGGGAGAUGGAGACUCAGCUACUGUCUCUGCCGGAGGAGGAGAUGCUUGGAUAUCGGGAGCUGAAGGAGCGGCAGCUCGGAGACAUCUUCCGGAUGCUGUAUCUCGGGAGCGAGGGAGAGGAUCCGUGGUUUUUCCGGAUACUGAGGGUGAGGAAGGGGGUACAGUUACUUGCCCGACUCUUGCCCAUGUUCCAGCCCCCCCACUGUGCUGAUGUGUUGGCCUCCAUCGCCAGCUUCCUGCGCUCCUCUGCUGAGGACAAUCUGGAUGAGAGCCUGAGCCCCCUCUUCCCCUCCCUAAUGCUGGCCAUUCCUGGACUCUCCUUCCCUCAGCUGCUCGCCUCCCUCGCGGCACUGACCAGGGGGUGUGAAGCUUCCCUCCAGCGCCUCCUGCAGAGCAAGUUCACCAUCUCCUAUCUCUACGCUCUGCUCAGCCAUGGUGGGACCCUCCUCUCCCUCGUCUGUCCCGCCCGAGAUGACUUGAAGAAGUGGACGGACCUGGUCUUCGUGGUGGCCCGCGAACUCUCCCUGAUCCCAGAGUCGGACCUUGCUGAACCGCUGGAGCUGCCCAGUAACCUGCUCCCUCUCUUCUGCCGCCACCUCCACCCACAGAUGGCCCAUCGACUGCAGGGCAAGAUCCUCUCCAGGGUAUCUGUCCCGUCGCCUCCCGCUGACCCGUGAGACGGACCAGCCCCCACCCCCCUCAGUCCGGAGUGCGGUGGGGAGG